AUGUCACAUAUCAGGUUGAAGACAAGCAUAGUAUCUUCGACCAUGCCCAAAGCUCUCAUCUUCGUCGCCGAUGGCUCCGAGGAGAUUGAAUUCGUCACGCCUUAUGAUGUCUUGACGCGUGCUGGUUUCGAGGUCACCUCGGUAGGCGUGAAUCUCAACAAUGAGGUCUUUGCCCACAUGACGCGCAAUGUUCGCAUCGUGCCCGACCAUGCGAAUAUGGAGUCUCUGGGCUGCAUUCAAGCCCACGAGGAGUUUGACAUUGUCAUUCUGCCGGGAGGGGCACCAGGAGCCAAGACCUUCUGCGGCAGUCAUCCGGUGCUCGACAUGGUCAGCCAGUUUCGCAAGGCGGGCAAGUGGGUUGCUGCGAUAUGUGCGGCUACGACGGCGCUGGUGGCUGCGGAGGAGAAGCAUGGGGAUGGCAAGGUCAAGGUGACGAGUCAUCCGAGUGUGGCGCAGGAGAUCAAGGAUGCAGAGUGGACGUAUAGCGAGGAGAGGUGUGUGGUUGAUGGGAAGGUGAUUACAAGUCGAGGACCGGGCACAGCCUUAUUGUUCGCACUGACGAUUGUUGAGUGCCUCGUAGGGAAGGAGAAGGCGGCGGAAGUGGCUGCACCUAUGAUGGUAGCUGAGACGCUGUGA